AUGGCACAGUACAUCCAGGUAGUAGAAGAUGAAAGUGACGAGCCUGUCGAAAUCCCCAGUGAGUCGGACGGGACAUUGCUUCUAACGACUCUUGCAGCACAGUUCCCGGGCGCGUGUGGUCUCAAAUAUCGCAACCCAGACACUGGAGCUUUCCGCGGCAUUCGGCUUCUGGACGGCGUGCUUCAUCCCCCAGAUGGUGUCUGGGGCAAUUACCAGUAUCUGGCAGUAUUCCCCAAGGAGAACAAACGCAAGGGUGAGGAUGGCUAUGAUAAUCCAGUUGCCAAAACCAAGAGGUUAGACAGACAGAAGUGCUCAGACUUGAUUGUCCUAGGUCUGCCAUGGAAGAGUAAUGAAGAUGACCUGACCAAAUAUUUUCAGCAGUUUGGAGAUCUCGUCUUAGUACAGGUGAAGCGAGACAUUAAAACUGGACAGUCAAAAGGUUUUGGGUUCAUCCGCUUUGUCAACUAUGAGUCUCAGGUGAAGUGCUGUUCCCAGCGACACAUGAUUGACGGCAGAUGGUGUGAUGUGACGAUACCUAACUCUAAGGAGGGAAACAAUCAAAUGAUGAACCGCAAAGUUUUCAUUGGCCGCGUCACAGAAGACAUUAGCGCUGAAGAUUUACGCAACUAUUUCAACAAGUAUGGGGAGGUUGUGGACGUCUUCAUUCCCAAGCCAUACCGUGCAUUUGCCUUUGUCACCUUCGCUGAUGCCGAAACGGCCCAGUCUCUGUGUGGAGAGGACCACAUCAUCAAAGGUGCCAGCGUUCAUGUGAGCAGCGCGGCUCCAAAGUCGUUUGAUAAGGGAAUGGAGCGUAAAGGUUUUGCACAAGGUGGAGGAGGUGCUGGUGGGGGUGGUGGUGGAUACAGCCAAGGUGGAGGCUGGGGGCAGGGACGAGGGGCCCCUGGACCUGUCGGUGGCGGCGGCGGUGGUAAGAUAGCCAAUGGAUCUGAGCAGAUGGGGGGCAAUCUUGGCAUGAACCUACUCAACUCUGCUAUGCUUGCUGCAGCACAAGCCAUGCUUCAGAACCAGGGGGCCUGGGGAGGUAUGAACCAGGGCCCUGCUCCGGGAGGCACUGGGGGUAAUAUGGGGGGCGGGGAUCACCAGCCUCCCCCGGCCAUGGCCAGCCAAGGUGGGUUUAGUAGUAUGGGGGCAGGCACAGGUGGAGGGGGUAGCGGUGGAAAUUGGUGGGGCAAUGAGGCCAGUACCACAUCAGGUGGGCACUAUGGCGGCGGCGGCUGGGGUGGUUCCCAUGGUGGAAGGGGCAGCGCAGGCUGGAGUUAG